AUGAUUCCCUUCUGUAAUCCCUACAAUCCAUCCAGCAACCUCGCCAACCUCCACAGCUUCCCCGUCAAAGAAAAAGAAAAAACAUCCCCCAAAUCCGUCCAGCGUCCUAAAUCCCCCCUCUCUACCCCCGCUACCGCCGGUGCCACCAACUUCUUAGGGGCCCACAACACCAGCUCCGGAAGCGACGACGAAGAGGAAGAACAACAACCAGAACGACAAAUCGUCCCAGAGGCAACAAUCCAGUUCUACGAAGAGGACAUCGCCGAGUACAGACCAGGCGGGUACCACCCCGUGCAGCUGGGCGACAUGUUCAACGCAAAAUACGAGAUUGUGCGGAAGCUGGGGUUUGGCAAGUUUUCGACGAUAUGGCUCGCGAUUGACACUACAGUUGAGAGGCCGGUUGCACUGAAGAUUCUUAAAGCCGAUUCGCAGGGGAUAGAGCUGGACGUGCACGAGCAGGAGACUAUGAACUACGCAAAGAGCGACGACCCAAACCACGUCAUUGGGUAUCUAGAGCGCUUUGUCCACAAGGGUCCCAAUGGGGACCAUGUGUGCCUUGUUUUUGGAAAGUCGGGGAAAGGGGCUGUUGCUGGCGGGGAGCGGAGCCCAGAUGCCGGGAGGGGUUGGUAA